GUAGCGUCUUCCAAUCCUCCCUCUGUCGGACUCUGCGUCUCGAGAUCCUUCUGAACAGAGGAAGAAGAAAAAGAAGACCGUGGUAAGAGAAAGUAGCUCUUGCAACCAUGAAGUUAAGGCUUGCUUUAGUGCUCAGAGCAGCAUGGAUCGCAGGAAUAUUGCCCAUACUGGUUGCUUCCAUACCCUCCUCUCGUCUCAGUUCUUUUCAUGGAGCUAUCUUGGGAUUCGCGAAAAGAGGGAAGAUCAUGCAGUUUUCUUCAAAUAAAUUUACUGUCCCUCAGAAAUUCUUCUUGCAUUUUUAUGUGGUGGCUGUAAUAUGGACAACAGUCCUGCUACUUAUGACAUGGUUCUAUGCAUGUCGGAUGGUUCCAUUGGGUUCUGAGUCUCUGCAUUACUCAACAGUUGCGAGCUACUUGACUGGAGGUGCACAUAUCUUUUCCAUGCACAAGUCUCAUUCAACCACAGUAAAGCAUAGAUACAGUGUUUGGAAGACUGUGUUUUUGCUUUUAUUGAUGGAAAUUCAAGUCUUGAGACGCCUUUAUGAGACACUUCAUGUUUUUAACUAUAGCCCUUCUGCUCGAAUGCACAUUUUCGGCUAUCUAACUGGGAUCUUUUUUUAUACAGCAGCACCAUUAUCACUUUGCAGUAGGUAUGCACUGGAGGUGUUGAGAUUUUCUGCUCAUCAAGUAGCUGAAUUCAUUGUUAAAGGCCAACAAAACAUGUCAGUUAUUGAGUUUGAUUUGUGGGGAUGUAUGAAGCCUCUUAUAAUGCUUGGAUGGUUUCAGUGGAUUGGAGCUGCUAUUUUUAUUUGGGGUUGGAUUCAUCAGCACCGUUGCCAUUCAAUUCUUGGUUCACUGCGAGAACAAAGAGAUCAAACUGAUGAGUAUGUAAUCCCUCAGGGUGAUUGGUUUGAAAUUGUUUCAUGUCCACAUUACCUUGCUGAAAUUGUUAUAUAUGCUGGUCUUGUGAUUGCUAGUGGAGGUUCAGACCUUACAAUUUGGUUACUCUUUGGAUUUGUGGUGGCAAAUCUUGCCUUUGCAGCGGCAGAAACACAAAGGUGGUAUAUACGUAAGUUUGAUAACUACCCCCCUAACAGGCGUGCUAUUAUUCCUUAUAUUUAUUAAACAUGCGCCCCUUUAGAGGGCUUGUAUAUGGUCUUUAGAUUGUUCAAUGUGCUUUAGUGAGGCUAUAAAGCCAAUAUGUACUUAAUACCAGCAAGAGGCUCUUUUAAGUUUUAAUGAUCUCAGUUGAGCUUAAUGGAAGUAUUCUAUUUGGUUGUCUUUUC